CUACGUGGGACAUCUCAGACAAAGAUCAAAGGCAUUCUAUACUAUGAGGUCAUUCAGCAGAUACUACAUACUUUACCAUCUGUAGACAGGAUUGUAUACUUAGCAAAGAAAGUCUACUCACAGACUGAACAACUUACUAUUUGACUUCCAAACUUGUCACAUUCACCAUCAACAUGCAGGACCAGGAAAAAUCUAUGCAGGACCUGGAAAAAUCUAUGCAGGACCAGGAAAAAGCUAUGAAGGACCUGGAAAAAUUUAUGAAGGACCAGGAAAAAGCUAUGAAGGAGGAACACAGCAUGGAGAGAGAGUUGUGGCUUCUAGAGAUAGAGGAAAAGGACAACCACAUCCACUCUCUAAAAGAGGAAGUCAGGAUUUCCGAGAAGCAGAAGCAAAGCCUGAAGAAAGAGAACGAUACGCUGAAGGAGAAGUACAAGCACAUCAGCAGUGAGAGGAGUGAAGAUCUGAAGAAACAGGCUGUUCUGAAUGAAAAACAGAUCUUGAUCAAACAAGUCCUCAGAGAAAGUUCACAGAAGCUGGUGGAUGAAGCUCGCAGUGACUGUGUUAGAAGGCUGAAAAAGCAGAAGCAGGAGGAUGAUAAAGAAAUGCAGCGCAUGCUGGCAGACCGGGACAGAAGCUGGGAGGAGAAGAUGAUGAAAACAGAGUCUCUGCACAAAGAGCAGGUUGUCCAGUUACAGGAGCAGUUCGAUCAGUUACAGGAGCAGAGAGAAAAAACCAUAAGGGCAGAACAGGAGGAGAUGUUGGCAAAUGCUCGUCGCGAAGUGAUUCGCCUCAACUACAUACUCGAAGAAGAAAGAUCAGAAGCUCAGAGCACAUUGAAGAGUAAAUGUAAUGAGUUCUUUAGGAAAUGCAGUGAAAUGCAGGAGGAGAAAAAGCAGUUUCAAGCAAAAACUAGAGACUGUUUAAGGUUGACAGAUAAGGUGGCAGGUUUAAAAAAAGAUUUGGCUCGUAGUGAUCAAAUCAUCGCAACCAAGGAAAAAAUUAUACAGGACCUAAAGAAGGAUAAAAUAGGAAUUGUGAAAAUGCUGCAGGACGAAGAGAAAACAGUUUCUUUACUGCAAGGUUUGUCCAAGGCUAAAGAGAACACAUUUAAGGAAACGGUGGAAAAAUACCAAACGGAAGCCUCCCUCAGAAAAGAGAACGAAAACCUCCUCAAAAUUGCCAAAAGAGAAAUCUUCAACCUGAGGCAAACUUUGAAAAACCUUAGGCUAAAAGACAAUAACGAAACAGUCCAGAACAAAAGGCAGAAAGAAGAGACCAUCGCCCUGAAGAAAUUUGUGAAGGACGUCAAAAAUGACAUCCAUGCAUGCAAGGAGGACUUCAGCGACCCCAAGAAGCUGAAGAAGAGAAUCAUUACUCUCCAAAAACGCUACAUCAAUGGGCAAGACAUACUGGAGAAGAACGAAGACACGAUUUUUGACCUGAAGCAGGCAACAAUUGGUUUUGAAAGUGAGUCUCGACAUUUUAAACACGCGCUGCAGUACAAGGACAAGAUCAUUCGUGAUUUAAAGAAGAAGCUGGAAAGUCUACACAUAAAAAAUCAGCUCAAUAACAGCUGCCUGGUCAAGGAAUACAAUGAACAGUGUGCAGAGAUCGAGCAAUACGAUCAGAGGCAAAAGGAAGAUGAAGCUAAGAUCAGUCAGCUGAGUGCCAGACAACCUCGGGUGAAGAAGAAGGACUUGAUCCAAGUACCCGUUCCCCUCUUUCUAGCCCGCCAGCAACCAAAAAAGGAGUUGGCUCAGAGUAAGCAGAAGGUGGUUAAGGUCGAACCCAAAAAGUCGAAGCCAGCGAAGUUCGUGUCAUUUGUGAGAAAGAUUUUUAGAGGAAACAAAGUGACUCCACUUAAAGAGGAACCAGCACCCAUCCAACAGGACGCCACGGACCCACCACGACCCCCAAGCUCAGAGUCCUCUUCCUCCAGAGCCUCUGCCCCCCCGGGACAAAGACCGUGAUACUACAUCCUCUGUCUCCUUGAAGAGUUCAUUUGCAAAGUAAGUUAACUCACUUUUAAAUUUAAAAUCGUAGAUAUCUGUUUUUGCUUCCCCCGUUCCUGUAGGGUUUACUGCGAGAACUUCGCUUUCCCCUGCACCCCAAACCUGGCCCCGUUCAUUGCUGAUAGAAAAUAAAUAAGUACAAUUUGAAAUAAAAACAAUGAUGUAGUGAAAUUACUGAACAUUAAAAACUAUAUUUGUA